AGUAGCUGCCCCUGAGAGCUGCCUCCCUGUCUUUGCUAAGCACAGGCCACACACCUUUCCCUCCUUGCAGCUGGUUUACCUUCUCCGUGGGCUUUGUGCAUGGUCAGUCUUUUUUCACCAAAACUGAAAUGCCAUUUUAAACAGAAGACUCCUUCCUGUCUUUUGAAGAUGGGAAAUUCGUAUGCUGGACAGCUGAAGACGACACGGUUCGAGGAGGUCUUGCACAACUCCAUUGAGGCUUCCCUGCGGUCCAACAACCUGGUGCCCAGGCCCAUCUUCUCCCAGCUGUACCUGGAGGCUGAGCAGCAGCUUGCCUCUCUAGAAGGUGGAAGCCGAGCAGACAAUGAGGAAGAGGAGGAGGAGGGAGAAGGAAGGCUGGAAGCAAGUGGUGCCCCAAAUCCCUACCAGCUGCCACCUCCGCCUGAAGGGUGCUGCACCACGGAUGGGUUCUGCCAGGUCGGGAAGGACCUGCGCCUCGUCUCCAUUUGCAAUGAGCCCAUUGAAGUUCCUGCGGGCUUUCUCCUGGUGGGGGCCAAGGCCCCCAGCCUGCCAGACCACCUCCUGGUGUGUGCUGUUGACAAGAGAUUCCUGCCGGAUGACAACGGCCACAAUGCUCUUCUUGGUUUCUCUGGGAAUUGUGUUGGCUGUGGAAAGAAAGGCUUCUGUUACUUCACAGAAUUCUCCAAUCAUAUAAAUCUGAAACUGACCACCCAGCCCAAGAAGCAGAAACACUUGAAGUAUUACCUGGUCCGUAAUGCACAAGGAACUCUAACCAAAGGACCUUUGAUUUGUUGGAAAGGCUCAGAGUUCAGAGGCCGGCAAUCGUCCCCCGGUGCUUCUUCCAGUCCCUUCUUUCUGCCCCUGGAGAGCUUGGGACCCCCGGCGGCCACCCCCAGCGAGCCUGUGCCUGCAACGAACCCCGGCCUUCUGAUGGGAGCCCAGCAGGCAGGACCAGCCUCUGAUCACCCCUCACUAACCACAGCAGUGGGGCCAGCUGUCUUCAAUGGCAAAGAUUCCCCGAAGCACCAACAGCUGGUGAAGAACAACCUGUUGGCCCUGCCACGGCCCUCAGCCUUAGGUGUCUUGCCAAAUUCCGGGCCCCCCAAAAAACGCCACAAAGGGUGGUCUCCAGAAUCUCCAUCAGCUACAGAUGGUGGCUGUCCCCAGGGUGGUGGGAACAGAGCUAAGCAUGAGAGUGCAGGUAUGUCCUGCGUGCCCCAGGUUGGCUUGGUGGGACCAGCUUCAGUCACCUUUCCCAUUGUGGCCACCGGAGAACCAGUGUCCGUUCCUGACAACUUGCUGAAAAUAUGCAAGGCCAAGCCAGUGAUAUUUAAAGGCCACGGGAACUUCCCUUACCUCUGCGGGAACCUGAGUGACGUUGUUGUCAGCCCCCUGCUAUACACGUGCUACCAGAACUCCCAGUCCAUCUCCAGAGCCUACGAACAGCACGGCGCCUCUUCCGUGCAGCCCAUUUCGGAGGAGAUGCAGCUUCUGCUCACUGUCUACUACCUUGUACAGCUGGCGGCUGACCAGGUGCCACUGAUGGAGGACUUGGAGCAGAUCUUUCUGCGCUCCUGGCGGGAGUCUCACCUGACCGAGAUCCGGCAGUACCAGCAGGUGCCACUGCAGCCCUUCCCGCCUGCACCCAGCACCGUGGUGCCCGUGACCUCAGCACAGCUGCCCUGGCUGGCUGGCCUGGCUGCCAGCUCCUGCAAUGACAGCGUGCACGUCAUCGAGUGCACCUACUCCCUGGCCGAGGGCCUCUCUGAGAUGUUCAGGCUGCUCAUUGAGGGCAAGCUCGCCAAGACCAACUACGUGGUCAUCAUCUGCGCCUGCCGCAAUGCCGCCAUAGACUCCUGCAUCGCUGUCACUGGAAAAUACCAAGCCCGGAUCCUCUCUGAGAGCCUCCUCACCCCAGCAGAGUACCAGAAAGAAGUCAAUUAUGAGCUGGUCACAGGGAAAGUGGACUCUUUGGGGGCCUUCUUCAGUUCCCUCUGUCCAGAGGGUGACAUUGACAUUUUGCUGGACAAAUUUCAUCAGGAAAAUCAAGGUCACAUUUCUUCCUCACUUACUGCCUCCUCCGUCACUAAAGGAAUGUCACUGGAUGUCAGUGGAUCACUGGUGUGCACAAGUUACAGUCUGGAGCCACAUGGUAUCCGGCCCUUCCAGUUGGCAGUGGCACAGAAGCUCCUCUCCCACGUGUGUUCGAUUGCGGAUUCCAGCACCCAAAACCUGGAUUUGGGGUCCUUUGAGAAGGUGGACUUCCUAAUUUGCAUCCCACCCUCCGAGGUGACCUAUCAGCAGACACUGUUCCAUGUCUGGCAUUCAGGGGUUUUACUGGAGCUUGGCCUGGAAAAGGAGCACAUGACCAAGCAGAGGGUAGAACAGUAUGUUUUGAAGCUAGACGUGGAGGCACAGACAAAAUUCAAGGCCUUUCUGCAAAACUCCUUCCAGAAUCCACACACGCUCUUUGUCCUAAUCCAUGACCAUGCCCACUGGGAUCUUGUGAGUAGUGCUGUUCAUAACCUCUAUUCUCAAAACGACCCAUCCGUGGGACUGGUGGACAGAUUGCUCAACUGCAGGGAGGUAAAGGAGGCGCCCAACAUCGUAACCCUCCAGGUGACCUCCUUCCCAUACGCGCUGCAGACACAGCACACCCUCAUUAGUCCCUACAAUGAGAUCCACUGGCCCGCCUCCUACAGCAAG